AUGGGCUCCGCACCGCCCUACCCCACCAAACCGCUCAAAAUCCUCAUGCUGCACGGCUUCACGCAAUCCGGCCCCUCGUUCCGCUCCAAAACGCGCGCCUUAGAGAAGAACCUCCAAAAAGCCUUCCCCGCCGGCGUCUCCCUCGUCUACCCCACCGCGCCCAUCCACCUCGCCGCCGCCGACAUCCCCUUUACGCUGCCCUCGGCCGCCGACACCCCAGAGGGCCAGGAGCCCGAGCAGCCGGAUGCGUGGGCCUGGUGGCGGCGUAAAGGCGACAGCGAGCCGUACACCUACGAGGGCCUCGAGCAAGGCCUCGACACCAUCGCCGACGUGCUGAAGCGCGAGGGCCCGUUUGAUGGCGUGAUUGGGUUCUCGCAGGGGGGCGCGAUGAGCGCGAUGGUGGCGGCGCUGCUGGAGCCCGGGCGGCGGGAGGGCUUUGAGAAGCUGUAUAAGGAGGGCUGCAUGCGGUACCCGGAGAGCUUUGAGGCGGAUACGGGAUUCAUCACCGAGACGAUCCAUCCGCCGCUGAAGUUUGCGGUGAGUUAUUCGGGGUUUGCGGCGAGGGGGGUGGAGAUAUAUCGGGGUUUCUAUGAGCCUAAGAUUUCGACGCCUGUGCUUCAUUUUCUGGGGACCAUGGAUGCGGUUGUGGAGGAGGCGAGGAGUUUGGCGCUGGUAGAGAGGUGUGAGAAGAGUGAGGGAAGGAUGGUGUAUCAUCCAGGAGGACAUUUCUUGCCGAGUAGUCAGAAGGCAUACGUGGCGGCGCUGGUGGGGUUCAUCAAGGAAGUAAUAGCGGAAGUGGAGGCGGGAGAGAAGGGCAAAGCGAGUGAGGAGAGCGUUGAGGACAUGGAUGUGCCUUUCUGA